AUGAUAGUUGAUGUACAAUCGUUUGGUGCUAGCGUAUCUAAAGAAGUUAUAAGAGAGAAAUUGGCGAAAAUGUAUAAAGUAGACAAAGAUGUCAUCUUUGUGUUUGGCUUCCGGAUUGCUUUUGGCGGUGGUCGCAUGACAGGAUUUGGGCUGAUCUAUGACUCUUUGGAGGCUGCAAAGAAAUUUGAACCGAAAUAUCGCUUAGUCAGGCAUGGUCUUGCUGAAGCUAUCAAGACAGCUCGUAAACAACGCAAGGAAAGGAAAAAUCGUGCAAAGAAAGUCCGUGGUACACAGAAAACGAAGGCUAGUGCUGGAAAGAAGGACAAGAAAUAG